AUGUUCGCGCGCCGGUGAAAAAAUGUGAUAAAAUGUGUAUAAUUUAACCACAGUUACCUAUUUUGUUUUCAAGUUAUUACGAUGAGUGCUUCAUUCGAGGAUACAGUGUUUGAUUUUGAUUUAAAUUUUCUCAAUCAACCUACAACAUCGAACACGGAACAAGAAACUCAGACAAGAUUAGAAAAGCUCAGGAGAUCCAUUAUUUAUUUGAAAAAGAAAGUGGUUUUUGCUGACGCUGCUGUGUGUAGAUAUAAAACUGCAAGACAUUAUGCAAGGGUAUUGGAAAAUAAUCAAUUGUACACCAAUGAGGGAUGUAAACAACAUCUUAUUGAAAUAAGAAAUUUCAUUGACAAAGUGGGCAAAUUAGAAACAGAAAAUAGACAAUUAGAAGAAAAGCUUAAAGAAAAGAAUAAUGAAAUCGGUGAUUUACAAAACAAGUAUGAAGCUCUAGAAAAAUCAGGAAACCAGGUUCAGUUGUUGCUGUUAGAGAAAAGUAAAGCACAGGAUCCUACAAAGGUUUACUCUAAUGUUGACAAAGAAAAGAAAAAAGAUAAUUGUAAAUCUUGCAACAAGAAUCAACUAAAAUAUGACCUGCUUGAUAAAGAAGUUGAGACUCUACGCAGGGACAAUGUUAAACUUUCAAGAUUAGAGAAGGAAAAUGAGAAGCUUCGUAGGGAGAAUGCCAGAAUACCAAGCUUAGCACAAGAAAUUUUGCAACUUCGUAAAGAAGUUUCUGACCUUGUGACACCUGAGUCCAUAAAUGAUGGAAUCAAAAAGGCAACUGCGAAAAUACAAUUUUUGCAAAAAGAAAUUGAUGAAUUACAAAAGGAAAAUAGUAAAAUAGGAAAGUUGGAAAAAGAAAUUGAAGUACUUCGUUCUGAGAAUGCCAAAGCUAAAAACUUUGAGAAAGAAAUAGGGAAACUUCACAGAGAAACUGCUAAGAUUCCAAAGUUGAGGGAGGAAAAUGAAGAACUACGGAAAGAAUGCACUAAAGUUUCUAACUUGGAGAAAGAAGUUUCAGUACUUGGUGUUAAGAAUGCUAAACUUACGAAUUUGGAGAGGCUACACAAGAGUCUAUGUGAUCAGCUUGUUAAAAUCCCAAAUAAGGGGAGAGAUUUGGAAAGUCUUUUGUCGCGUUUUAACUUGGAAUUUACAGUAACAGGUACACCACCAAAGCAGGGCACACAUAAAUCUAUUCAUAAUGAUACCACUGGAGGGGACUCUGUAGAAGAUGAAGAUACAGUUGUACCACUUACACCAGUCUGCACAAUGCCCGACAAACAACCUCUUGUUAAAACUACACCUGAACCACAAGAAUUUAAUGAUGAUAAUAUUGAUGAAGUUAAUUUGGUAUCUAGUCGCAAAUCUUCCCUUGACAACUCCAACAUUGAAACACCAUCAAAAUCUCUUAUCAAUGUUAAAGAUAGUAUUAUCACCAGUACUGUGCCCGUUAUAGUAUACAAUGAAAACCAAGGUAUCAAUCGAAAUAAGAAUGCAACUGUAAAUCAUCACGCUCAAAAUGUGUCAAUUGUGUCAAUAUGUGUUCCAAAGGACAUGACCAGUGCAAAUAACUCACAAGAACAUACUACAUCAAAAUCUGAAGUUAAAGAAGGCAUAUUAAGUGCAACCAUUCCGACAAUUGUGUUCAACCAGAAUUUGGAUAUGACCUGCAAGAAAAAUAAAGUUGAAAAUCAGAGACAUUGUGGUCAGAUUGAGAGGUUAGAUAAUGAUAACCAGUCAAAAGAUAAUGCUAAUGUUUCUCCUAUUAUGUACAACGAAAAUAUUUGCCAUGAUGAAAAUGUAACAAAAGAUAAUGCUCGAAAAGAUUCCAGUGUUCCAAAAAGAGUACUGAGCAAUAACACACCUAUUGCUAAUAAGUCAGAAAAUAAGCCUAACGGAAGUGGUUUAACUGCUACAGUUCCCACUAUUGUAUACAAUAAGAAUCUAAACAUUUCCUCUAAUGACAAUGCAGUCGCGGGUCAAGGUAAUCACAGUCAGAAUUCACAUAAAAAUACAAAGAUUGCAAGAGAGAGAGAAAGUCUUGAAUUGAACAAUAGCAAAGUGUGCGCAAACAACAUUGAACUAGAGUUAGAAAAUAUAUUCAGUAAUAUGAAAAUGUCCUUUAAUGCUGUGACUCCCAUUCCGAAAACGCCGACGAGAAUAACUGAAGAAAGGAAUACGCCAACGAGAAUAACUGAAGAACGGAAUACGCCAACGAGAAUAGCUGAAGAAAGGAAGACGCACACGAGAUUAACUGAAGAAAAAGAAGAAAGGAUUAGUGACCCCACUGAAAAGCUACUAAAAUGCAUGAUGUUAAGCGAUAAGAGUGAUAAACUUCUACUUAAACUAAAAGAAUACAUGCACGGCUAUACUAAAGACUUAUUUUGCCAAGCAAAUCCUAAAUUUGUAGCCCAGAAACAUUUUUACGGAUCGGAAACCAAAAAUACGAGGUGUAACAUAGAUAAAUUGAUUCAAUGCUUUGAAACAAUCUUACGAUCCAAACAGAUCUUAAGUGAAGAUUCUACGAAUACACAACCAAAGUUACAAAUAUUGGAGGAAACUACUUGCUCCAAUGAUGCUAAUAAUUUAGAAUCAGUAACAAAUAAAAAUAUGCCAGAAACAGAUGUAUAUUGUUUGCCUGAAGAUGUGCAGAAUAUGCAUGCUGAUACAAACUUAUAUGAUGAUACAGACUUAUUUGAUAAUCCAGAAAUAAUUCAAGACGAUACUCAUACUUUACAAAACCAUCAAGAAGAAUUGUCUGAGCUGUCAAGCGAAAACAUAGAAUCGUCUGCAACACAAUUACCAGAAAAAGAUAUAAUUAUUUUGCAUAAUUUACAAAAUGAGGAUAGGUUCUCUCAAAUAUCGAAACCUGAUAAAGUUAAUAGAAAACAAGAAAAAAUGCGCAAAAUGCCAGUUUCUGAUAGAUCUAAUGUGAAAAGUAAAAUGUAUAAAGCUACUGAUAGUGUAAGACGUUCCAAUACCGCCGCACAAAAGAAGAAACCACCCACGAGAGGCGUCAAAAAAGUUAAAUGUAAGAAACAUACACAGUUGGAUAAAUUGAAAAGACGUCUUGCACCAAAGUACAAAAUUAGGAGAGAAUCUCCGUUGUUACGAAAAUCUAUGCCUCCACCGACGAAUAUAAAGCCAAAAUCUAUGCCUCCACCUAAGAAGACAGUAUCAGCAAAUGAUACCUCUGCAUCACUCAAUGAUAAAGAAGUUUAUGAGAAAGCCGUGAAAGUUAUGGCCGAAAUAAAUUCACAAAAGUCUAAAAUUCUAAAAUCGCCGCCUGUAAGAAGAAAAUCUAUGCUAUCUUCAGCACAUACAAUUGGAAUGGAAGAUGAUAUUGUUGUAACGCCUAAUUCACCACCUAGAAUGACUCGCGCUAUGUCUUUAAAGCUUAGUGGUUUGGAAUUCGACAGUGAUACUGAUAAUGAUGAAGUACCAAUAGUGUCCAAAGAUGCAAACGCUUUACCAUCUCCAAAACCCAGAAAUACUUCCGAUAAAGGUACUGGGAUUACCACGCCUAUUACAUGUAAGAAUACUUUGCAUAUUACAAUUGACAGUAAUGUCAAUAAUGUACCAAAUUAUACACCUAUACCAACAGACACACCUUCUUCAAAGCUCUGUGAUUCUCAAAUUUUUGAUAGUGAGGAUUUAGUACCAACUUCGCCACUUGAAGAACCAAAAUCACCAUUUACUUACAAUAUUGAAAAUACUAGCGGUGAUAAAGUUAUAAGCAAGGAACCUAAAGAAAUAAAAACAUCCACAAGGCUUGAAAGUAUUACAGAAAUUGAAGUAAAUAGUAGCAGCAGUGAUGUUGUAUCAAGCUUAACACCAAAAGAACCGGCAACUAUUAUAAAUACUACGCACGGAAAUGUGAAUAAUGACGAUAAAAUGCACAAUGCCAGCAAAAAUUGUGUUAAACAAUCAAAUUCACCACCUAGAACUAUUAGGCGUAAGAGUAGCUUGCAAAUUGAUAUAAAUGCCAAUGGUGCUAAAGAACAAAAUAUAUUAUGUGUUGAAUCUGAUACUCCACUGUCUGCCAGAAGUGUUGUACAGUCUGAAAUAAAUAGCAGUGGUGGUGAAGUACCAAAAUCGCUUACAAAAGAACCUAAUACUUCACUGUACAUAAGCCAGAAUUCUUCACAAAUUCUUAUUAAUAAAAGUGGAGAUAUAGCACAAAAUUCACAACCUCAAGAACCAAAAAGUCCAUUAUCACCAAAGCUGAUGAGGUCUGUGCAGCCUGAAAUUCAUAAUGAAGCAAAUAAAGAAUUGCAUUCUCCGCCGAGACCGACAAAAACACCCUUGUCUCCAAGAUUGAGGUGUUUAACGCACAACUUAAACAACAAUAGUAUUUCGCCACUCAAACAAACCAAGUCUCUGUUAUCUCCCAGAAGUAGUAUGCAAAAUGAAAUAGAUCAAGUACCACAUAAGAUCUUGGUCACACCAAGAACUAAGAGAAAAAUUUCAGAAUUAUUUGAUAACUGUGCAGUAGUUUUGACAAAAGAUGAGAAUAUAUUGGGUUAUGUUGCAAAUAAAAGCGUACAUGCCGAAAAGGCUCAAGAAGGAAAUGAGCCGGACAAUGUAACCGCAGCAAGAAGAAAACGCAGGUCUUCUUCUGAUGAACCUCUCGUGCAACCAAAGAGAACAUUGCGUAGUUCCAAUCAAAAGGGAGAAAAUGAUAGGAAGUCAGUAGAAAAUACAAGUACAAUAGAAAAUACUUCCAAACUAUCACAAAGCCCGAAACUUUCUACUCCUCAAAACAGUAAAAUUGUUAAGUAUGAUGAUUUGGAUAUGUGGUCUGAUGAUGAUCAUCAGGAAUCAAAUCAUCUUCAUCAUCAACAGGAAUUAGUUCAUGAUCAGGAAUCAGUUCCUGUAAAUGAAGCAAAUACAGAGAUUUGUCAUCCGAAGGACAGUAUUUUGUGUUGUAUGAUAGAGAAAUAUGGAGUGGAAUCUGUAAAACCAUUUGCAAAGAAACCUUCAGAACACGCAGUUAAGCAGAUAUGCGAAAAAAUUGAAAAAGAAAUUUCACUUAUAUCAGAACUACCAAUGAACGAAACAAAAAAUGCUAUGAAUAAGUUCGUAGCUGAUUUGAGAAAAUUAAACCACAAGCUCUUUAUAAGCGGCAUGAUGAAGUAUUUAACAAAACCAGAGAGGAAACAGGAAUUAUUUGGAAAAAUAUCUUUAACUGCUGCCCCAGCUAUGACUAAGGCUGAACAAAUCCUUCUCUAUGUCAUAGCACAACUAAAUACUCACUGGCCUUUGGACAUUGUCGACGCAAUACUGUCGAAUAUUGAGUACACGUUAUUUAGAUUAAACAGGACACCAGAAUUUGAUGUGAUUGAAAGUAUGUCGCACUUCUAUGCUCUUCUAUGCAGAUACAUUGGAGCUAAAAGCCGUUUAAGGCUGUUUAUCCUAGAUGCUAUGUAUUGCAUUCAGUAUAAAUCUGUGCCUUUGAUAAAGCAGUGUAUUGAAAUAUGGAUGCAUAUAAUACCAUUAGCACAUAUGGGUAUAGCCAAAAAUCCCCUGGUGACAUGUUUGGUAUAUCUGCUACAUUUCUAUAAGUGUGAAGACAAAUUGAACAGAGUGCAAGACAUUAGAAACAUAUUAAGUCGAAAAUAUUUCUAUCAAAUCACAGAUUGGAAUGAGACAAAAAUUCUAGAAAUGUUUAAAAACUCUAUUAAGGAUUUAAAAGAUGUUCCAAUUGACAAGAAAACUUUAAGAUUGGCCCUGAUUAUUCUUGCUAAACGACAUGGACCGCGCUGGUGUCAAAAUAAUAUCAUUAAGAAUUUACUUCAACCAAUGAUUGAAAAAGAGGGUGUAUCUGACAAUGUGAAAGAAUUUUGUGUGUCCAUGAUUGGACCCCUGAUGAAACCAUAUCCAGUUGAUAUGAAAAUAUAUUGUGAGAUAGCUAUGAAUCAGCUUACUGAUAUCCUUAACAACAAUCCAUCACCGAAAAUGGAAGAAGCUGCCAUCACCAGUAUGUUGUUCAUAAACAGACAUAACCAAGAUAGUAUUAACAAAAUACUUUUAACGCGUAGGAUGAAACCAUUGUCACCGGAACUCGAGAAAACUCUAUGCGAUUAUGUAAAAACAAAGCCAUUAAAGGUGUGGAAGAAACAUCUUUCGAUAAUAGCUCGAGUAACUUAAAAUAGUUUCAGAUUUUUGUGUUAUAUUAAUUUUACUAAGUUGACUAUCUGCCAAGCAGAUAUACGUGUAAUAUAUUAUAGUUAAUGUGUAGUUUUAUUAGGUGUGUUUUAACAGCUGUCCAUUUUGGUAAUGGAUAUAUUAACUCUUAUGUGUAGAAUUUAUAAAAAUAAGUAUCUGCGAUUUAGUAUUUUAGAGUAAGAAAUUGUCUUUCUAAUUAAGACAAAAGAAUAGUCAUAAUUUAAGGAUUUCGGGUAUAACCAUACAUAGUGAUUAGUUAGUGGUAAUUUCAUGUAAGUAUUUUAUAAGUCUCUAAUUUAUAUCAACUGAUAUUAAUAUAAGAUAUAGUGUUCUCUAUGUAGGUAAAAUACUAUUUAGCAGAUAUGUAAUCGAUCUCAUUAAAAUAUGCUUCUCUAAUCUGUAUGCAUACCUCAAUGCGAGAAUUAUAGAUUGGCGUCUAGAUGUACCUCUUUCAAGUUAUUAAUAUAGAACAAGAACUAGCAGUCCAGCUAAAAAUGUGGUUUGGUUUUUGGAGAAGCAAUUAUCAGUUUAUUUCAUACUAGCGGUUCGCUCCUGCUUCGCACGGGUAUCCAAGUAUUUUCCCAGUGGCUGUUUCCCCAUCUUUCUUACCACUUUUCUAAAGUUUUCUAUCUUCUUAUAAUAACAAACGAUAAAAAAUAAUUGGCAAAAUAGGUCCAAGCGUUGUUGAGUUAUGCGCCAACACUUUUUGCGAUCCUUUAUUGUAAUUUUUUAAAUGAUGGAUCUGUUUGGAUGCGUUUUCGUACGUAGAAAUUGUGAAUUUCGUUAAAAAUAAUCUGUUUCUGUCAGUGUAAAUAUUUCACAACACAUGGUACAAAUAUUAUCUACAUAACAUGAGGUUUAUUAAAAUUCUUACUAGUUUAAAUUGUACCAAUUUAAUUGUAAGACCACUAAGUAUAACAACUUGUAAAUUCAAAUGAAUAAAAC